AUGUCAAAAGAAUCUAUCCAGAUGCCCAUUCGAUUGCGUAGUAGCUUUCUAGCUGUCUUUGGUCUAUCGAUUUUUAUCGCAGCCUCUUCACUUGAUGACCAAGCUUUUGGUCAUGUAAGUCAAACUAUUGAGUAUGUUUUCCUAAAAAAUUAUUUCCGUCUGUUUUGGAUUACCUAUAUAAACUACCUGGGAUCUACCAAUACAAAAUAUAGCCUUAUUGCAUCUGCCAAAAUAAAAUUUCAGGAUCCAUACGAUACUCAAGUGAUAGAGAGAACUCACAAACCAAGAUUCAAGGCAGACGAGACAACCAUAGAAGCAACAGUAAAUAAAAUAUACUCUCAAUAUUUAUGGCAUUUUGAAAACACUCUUACGACUGCAACUAAACAAAGCCCCUCUGGCUCGUUUAUAUCGGCUAUUCCUACUUUAUGUACCGAGAAGGCUAAUUUUGUAUUAAAGUUUGACGACAUUCCUCCACUUGCUAUUGGAAAUCAUUCAGCUGAUGAUGUUCAACCAAUGCCAGUCUUCAACCCGUAUCAUCGCUUCAUAUUCUCGAAUGGAUUUACUGUCGUUCCACCACCGUCUGAUCCUUACUUACCAUCAUCGAGGCCACUGUUACUAGAAUUUAUCCCUAGAUUCGAUUUGACUAACAAUAGUUCCACUGUUACAUUCACUACCCCAGAGGAUGUAAUCUCCGGGGAUAUUAGAAGCGGUGAUCAUGGCCGGACUGGAUGCUUUCGCUUUAAUACUCAUGGUGCCUUUUUUGGCUGCGAUUCGAAAGGCCCGGAUUGCGAUUUUUCUUUCACGGGCUUUCGCUUCAAUAGAGAAUCACAGGAAUCCAUCGAGGUUGUCAGUCAGCGAAGAAGCAUAACUGCUUGUCCGUCCCUAAUCAAUUGUGAAUUACUACCAAUUGAGCUAGGAGAUGCUUUUGAAGAUUUAGAUACCCUCCGGAUCAAUGUGACGGUUGCAGGACAGCCAAAGAUUUGGUGGAUGGAUGACUUAUCGCUUAGUUGGAAGAAUGAUACAUGUGCAGCUGGCCUUUGUCGUCUUCGCACACGCAUCCAUUGA